UCCUUGAGUUGGACUAUAAUCAUAAAAUCUAAGGAUUCAAAUUAUGACUAUAUAUAAACUGUUGGCAUUUAUAGCUUUAAUAUUUACAUUAAACGCUAGGCUAACCAUACAAAAUAGACAAUGUGCAAAUCUUAAUUGCACAAUUCCUAUAGCUAUAGCUUUGACCAUCAACCCACACACUACUAGUGAUCGCAAAUAUUUACAAUAUACUGAAAACGAAUUUAUAAUAGUUUUUAGCACUGGCUACGAAAAAACAAAAAAUAUUUGGGAAGGAAAGAUAUCUACUAAUAGACAAGGACUUUUUGAUGUAAAUAAUACCAAAGUUAUAACACGAUUAUAUCAAGGAGAUCUAGAAAAAGUAGAUGCCUCAAAUCUUGAUUUACUCAGAGAGUUAGAUAUUUUUAAUUUAACACAAAAUCUUAGUUCAUCAUUAUAUGGACUUACAAAUAAUCAUAAUCUUUUAAAUGACAUAGUUGAUAAUAAAAUAAAGGAGGAAAAUGAUUUUAUUAAACAGAGAUUUCAAGGACAAGAGAGCAGGAGAUCACCACCUAUAAAUAGUACUGAAUCUGAAAUCCAAGAUUUGAAUGAUCUAUUGGAACAGAAACUAUCUGGCAAAAGUAUUGAGAAUGACAAAAUCAUUAACAAUGCUAUAAAUGAUAAUAUCGAUAAUAUUCGGCAAGAGGUCUCCUUCGAUGAUACCAUUCCACCUCAUUAUAAAGAGGAUUUUAAUGAUGAAGAAACGUCUGCUAUGGAUUUAUCGCCUUCAAAUAAUUCAGGGGUUCCCACCAUAGAUGAUAAUGUCUCAAAAUUACACUCCACGGAAAUUUCGAAUAGCGUCCUCAAUUUUGACCAGCUGAAGUCGCCAGAUGGAGUCCCAGAUACCUCAGGGAACAUAAAUAAAUUAAAUGGGAUACGGGCCCGUAAUAAAUCUACUGAUUACGAGAAUGAGGAAGAAUUGAAUGAAAGGGACAUCGAGGAUCCUGUAACAACAGCCGUUUCCGAUUCUGAAAUAGAAAAUUCCUUAGAUAAUAAUUUUGUAAAAUCACAUCUAGAGAAUUUGAAAAUCGGGCGCCAUUUAAAAGAAUACGAGACACCGGAAUUUGCCCCGCGCAGUCCAGUUAGUAUCGAUAAAUUAAAACAUGGAGAUGAGGAAGUAUCGAAAGAAAGGAACUUCGUGAAUCCACUAGCAGUACCUCCUUCUGAUAAUUCUCAAACUCUUGAUCAUUUAAACGUUGAUCCCGCUCACGAUGACACAAAUAAGGAAACCAAUUUUGAUGCCUCUUCCGAUGAGGGAUCAGAAUCUUCGGAGGAAGUUGAGGAUAAAGAAGAAUCGGAAAAAAAGUUCGAAAAUCCAUCAAUAGUACUUCUUUCUAAUAAUUCUAGAACAAUGGAUUCUUUAAAAAAUAGUAUCGAACCCUCGCUCGUUGAUUCAAAUAACGAAGCUAGUUUUAACGUUUCCACUUUCGAUUCAAAGGGAUCAGCGCCAUCGGAGAAACUUCUAGAUAUCCUAAUUACAGAUGAAUUAAAGGACGACGGGAAUAUAUCAAAAGAAGAAAAUAUAGUAACACCUUCGAUUGAUGCUGAAAUGCUUCCGUCGGCAAAUAAUAUCACAACGUCUGAUAGCGAGAACACUUCCAAGGUAGAUCUCCAUUUAUUAAACAAAUCCGAGACACCAAAGGAAGUCGCUAAUAUGUCAAUGAAGGCCAACGAAAAUAGAUUACCGGAUGAUUCUGAAAAUCUGAAAACAAAACUUUCAAAUGAUUAUAUAAAUCACCCCUCGGAAAAUGAUUCCUUGACAUCUGACAACAAGAGCAUCUUAAAUGACUCGCUCAGUUUAUUUAACGAAUCUAAUCCUCCAAAGGAAGUCUCGGGUAUACCAAUGAAUGCCAAUGAAAUUGGAUUACCGGAAUACUCUGGAAAUAAAAGAAUACCACUUUCGAAUGAUUCUACCUCGCCAAAAAAUGUCGCAACUUCUGGCAACGUAAAAACUUCAAGUAACACGUCCCAUUUUAUAAAUAAAUCCGAGCUACCAAAUGAAGUUUCGGGGUUGCCCGUAAAUGCCAAUGAAAAUAUAUUACCGGAUAACUCUGAGAUUCUGACAACACUUUCGAAUGACUCUGAAAAGUAUCCCUCAAAUAAAAGUGGUCUGUCUAAUUAUGAUUAUACUAGCAACGGCAAUGAAAGUUUGACGAUAACAUCAAGUUUCAACGAAUCUAAGCCAUCAGAAGAAUUCCUGAAUAUCUCAAUGAAUGCCAAUGAAUUGUAUCAUAAAUCGACCGAUUUUGAUUCUAAGGUUGAGGGCGGCAUUCCCGAUGAUUCAAAAAUUCCCAACGGAAUUUCGAAAUAUAAAUCCGAUCUAGAGGAUAUAGACGAUUACAUUUACGACCCGAAAAAAGGUUAUAGACUUGAAUCUAAUCGCCCUGAAAAUGACCUCGGAAAUGACGUAUCUACUAAAAAUGACGACUCUUCCAUCAACGGCCCUUUGAAAGAUCACUUACACGAGGACGAUGAUUUAUUUCCGUAUAUGACUGAAAUCCAACCUGACAAAGAGGUGAAGAUUGUGCCAAGUUUUCUUAGCAAUGAUCAUAUAACUGUCGAUAAAUUUAACGUAUGUCAGCCUACCAAAGCCAUAAAUGGCGAUCUCAUCAGGGAUCCCCUGUGCAUCAAAUACAUGAGCGAAAGCAUAAUGUUGAACCGGAAUUCGGGUGGCGAAGUAAAGCGGGAAACGUAUAUUUCUAACCUAUCUUUUAAAAACGUCAUAGACUUCGUUGUGAAAACGUUCGCGAACAUUUAUCCCGAGGUUAAAACGGCUGACUUUCAAGAAUCCUUCCAGUUUCAUUUGCUCUUCAAGAAGUUCAGGAAUUUGAUGGCAAUUAUAUUGACCCUUAGCGGUUUGAUUUCUCUCUACCUGGGAUUCAGGAAGAUUAACCAAGAUAUGGGCGAUCAAUAUAUUAAAGAUAUGAUUAACCUAGAUGAAAGCAAUAAGCGUUGCCAAGAUCUCGACUUUCUCAACAUACAUUACGAAAAAAAAAUCACCUCUGUGAAAUCCCAAUUCGAUCAAAUAACGCGAUGUUUAGAAACCAAAAAUACCGAAAUCGAGAUUUUAAGAGGCGAAAAGGAGGACCUAAAGCUGAAAGCUAUCCACGAUUCAGAAAAAGUCGAAGCGAUGGAGAAAGUGUUGCAAAAAUUAAAGGAAUCUGCCAAUGUUAAUCAAGAAAUCAAGGGUUCAAUAUCGCAAAUGGAUCAGGCAACCCUGAUUAAGCACAUGAAGGAAGCUAAAGAUCUGAAUCAGGAAUUACAAGAUUUGAAAGCGAAAGUCAUUGUACUCGAUCAAGAAAAAUGGGAAUUAAAAAAUCAAAUAACUGCUAAUGAAUGGGAGACGAAUACCGACUCUAAACGCGUAAAGGAUCUGGAGACCUCCAACAAAGAAAUGGAGGAAAAGCUGUCUUUCAUAUCAAAAUAUUUCGAAGACAAGGAAUGCAAAUUGCAAAAGAGUAUUACGCAAUUAACUAUCGAGCGAGACAAAUUGGUCCAAAAUUUUAAGGAAUCGGAGAAGAAAUAUGACCAAGUCAAUAAAAAGGCCGACGUCUACUUGGAAAAUUUGGAUUAUUCGAAGAAGGAGCACAAUGACCAGCUCAGGGAAUUGAAACAAAAAAAUAUCGAGUUAGAAGAUGCUGCGAAUAAACACAAAAUGACGGCUCAUUCAUUCGAGAGAAGAGCCAACAACUUGCAGAUCGAAAACCGUAGCCUUAGGCAAAUGUUGAACGAGCUCGAAAGGAAUCUGGAAAAAUCAGACUUCAACCCCACGCUUCUCUCCACUAUAUCCGACCUCAAAAACAAUCAUCGAUUCAAGGAUUCGGAUAAAUUUGAAGAUAUAAAUCAUCUCAGUGAUGCCGACAGUUACAGAUCCAAUAAUCAGAAACCCCAUCUGAAAAAGAAUAAAAAGGCUACUACCACUAAUUUUAACAAGCAACAACAAGUGGCUCCGAUGUUUCCUUUCCUUCCUCCCCCGCCUUUCCUACCGCCUCCAGACCUAUUCCUUAAAGCGCAAUUUGAAAAUAUGAAUUCAAACUCAUUUAUGCCUGGCACUUUGUCUACCACGGCUAUCCAUGAAUCGGAUCAUAACAACGCAGAUCACAAUGGCAAUGUGACCAAAAAGAAACGUAGUACCACCAAAAAAUCCCUAAUUUCUGAAAAUCCCACUACCAUAUCUUCCAGCACAUCGUCCUUACAGAGUGGUCAAAACCCCAACAACAUGGCCCAUCCUCCUAUGUUCCCAUUUCCAUUUCCUCUUCCUUCAUUUUGUAAGCCACCUCCCCAGAUACAGGUAGACGAUGCCAAUGUAAACGGAGGAGGUAAUGUCCGACGUCGUCGUAAAAAGAAGGAUGAUAAAAAUUCUACGGUAUUUGAAGAUUUUUCCAAAAUAACCGCUCAGAGUUCUCCUAUAAAUAAUUUGUCACCGACAUCCUCUAUCAAUAAUAUUCCAAAACAAUCCAAAGAUCCGAACAAUAAAGACAGAUUAAUCUAAAAGGGCACUCAAAUUUUUUUUUACAAGUCAUAAAUGAUUAUAUAAUCGAUAUAUACUUAAAGUAAAAUAAAAUAAUAAUAAUAUCUAAUCAUAAAUUUAUAAUAAUCCUUUAUUAUAUUAUUUCUACUCAUGAUGCUUUUAUUUCCCACUGAAUUACACUUUUUUUUAAAAAAAGAUAUUUUUUUUGUUAUUGUGACAUUAAUGUGCAUAUCUGAGUAUAUUUAUUAUAUUAGAAUUCGUAUUCAAGGUUCGAUUAUAAACGAAUAUUAUUAUUUUUUGUGUGUUUUUUAAAAUACAAAUUUUUUCUGAAUUUUUCUUUUUUUUUUAAAAAAAAUAUAUCUAAAUCUAUUUUAUUUUUUUUAAAAAAUAUUUAUUCAUUUUAAAAUCAAUAGGAUCCAGCCCGGGAAA